AAUGCAGUGGGGCUUGAGAUCUAUUAAAGAAUCCAGUUAGGCUCACAUACUCUUAGCCAAUUGUUAUCAUUAGUGAGGUAGUAAAAGAACGGUAUGUUACAAAUCUGAUGGAAUAGGAAAUAACAGCCGUCCGUCACCGCUCUACUGCCGCAGUCCCGCAAGGUUUCGGACCUGUCCAGAACGAAGUAACACGUUUCAUCCCCCGUGUAAAUGCUCGUAAAUAAUACAUACUGAUACUGACUAAUACAAGAUCCACCCCGAGAAUAAUUCCAUAACGGUUCUUGAAGCUUCUAUAUAUACGUCUAAAAUGUAUAUAAAUACCGGGUACCUUUCUGAGUCUAAAAUGUCAAUAAGAGGGGGGUUGUCUUCCAUCUACUUAGGCUUGGAUUGCAACAUUUUAGCUCAUCAAUCACAACAGUACCAAUAGUCUUUUUCCGCCUUCACUCACAGUUAUAAUAACAACCACUAACCAUGGCUCCUUUCGGCAAGAUUUACUCUUACCCCGGAAACUUCCGUGUUGAUCGGGCCCAAGUUGUGGCUGCUUUCAACGGUCUCGAAGUCCCCCUGGCCGAGAACUUCAAGGUUAGGGUGGACAACCAGACCCCCGAGUUCCUGGCCAAGUUCCCCCUUGGAAAGGUCCCGGCUCUCGAGUGCGCCGACGGCUUCUGCAUCGCCGAGAGCGCCGCCAUCUGCUACCACCUCGCGCGCUCGGGACCUAAGAAGGACCAGCUGCUCGGCGCCGAUACCAAGACCCAAUCUCUCAUCGACCAGUGGGCUUUCUUCGCCGAAACCGAGCUCGUCGCGAACAUCCUCCCGCCCGCGGCUAUGGUGUAUUACAAAAUCAUCCCUGUGGAUAGCACACGCUACGAACAAUCUGCCGCGAGCGCUGAGCGCGCUCUGAAGCGCGUCGAGGUCGCUCUCAAGGACGGCCAGAAGUUCCUCGUCGGCGACAACGUCACCCUAGCCGACAUCCUGGUAGGGGGCGGUGUGUUCUUCGCCGCCAACUUCCUCCUCGACGCCGAGAUGCGCAAGGAGCUUCCCAAUGUCGUGGCCUGGGCGCAGCGACUAGCCGCCCUUCCCGAGUUCAAGGCCUUGGGCGAAUUCAAGCUGUUGGAGACUCGCAUUAAGUCGUGAAGUUAUUAACAUGGUACCGGGGGAAGAAGAUUCCCUCACUGUGAAGG